AUGGGCGACAAGAAAGGUGGCGAUGAGAUCAACUAUCAACAGGAAAAUGGCUACAUGCAGCGAAAGAUCCUGGUGCUCCAAUAUAGGAUCAUGAUCAAGGACGAGCAGAUCCUUGGUUGCCGGAAGUCCGAGGAUGAUUUGAGGAAGCGAAUCGCCGAGCUUGAUCAAUCCUUCGAGGAUGAGGCAGUGCGAUGUCGUGAAAACACGGCAGAAAUGAGCCGGCAGUACAGGGAGAUGCAGGAAUCUUUCAACGAGACUAUCGAUGCGCUGCAGAAAAAGGUGUCGGAAGCAAAAGCCGAGAUCGAGUCUGUGACGAAGGAGAUAGAGCAGGUCAGAAUCGAGAAGGAAGAAAUCCUGAGGCAGAAGGAUCUGGAAAUUGCCUCACUCUCCUCCAAGAUGGAGACCAUGGCCUUCGAGUUUGCUGACAUGCUCAAGGAGACGCUCGACAAGAUGAGUCAGCGCAUCGAGGCGAGGAUGUGCCAUUUGUGCCCAAGGUGUGCCACAUUGAUUCGCUGCAAACGUGUGCAAACCGUGUGA